AUGCCAGAUGCUGCUGCUCACCUGCCCUUUUACUACGGCAGCAUUGCCAGGUCAGAAGCAGAGGAGUACCUCAAGCUGGCGGGGAUGUCGGAUGGCCUGUUCCUGCUGCGGCAAUGCCUGCGCAGUCUGGGGGGGUACGUCCUCUCCAUGGUCUGCAACCUGCAGUUUUACCAUUACGCCAUCGAGCGCCAGAUGAACGGUACCUACGCCAUCGCGGGAGGCAAAGCGCACUGCGGGCCGGAGGAGCUCUGUGAGUUUUACUCAAAGGAUGCCGAUGGGCUCUGCUGCACCCUCCGCAAGCCCUGCAACCGCCCCAGUGGUGUGGAGCCCCAACCCGGUGUCUUCGACAGCAUGAGGGACAAUAUGGUGCGCGAAUAUGUCCGGCAGACGUGGAAGCUAGAGGGCGAUGCACUCGAACAGGCCAUCAUAAGCCAGGCUCCACAGGUGGAGAAGCUCAUCGCCACCACAGCCCAUGAGAGGAUGCCCUGGUACCAUGGCAACAUCCCCCGGGAUGAAGCUGAGCGGAGGCUCUACUCUGGGGCACAACCUGAUGGGAAAUUCCUGCUGAGAGAAAGGAAGGAGAACGGUGCCUAUGCUCUCUCCCUCAUCUAUGGCAAAACAGUGUAUCACUAUCGGAUAGACCAGGACAAGUCUGGCAAGUACUCCAUCCCCGAGGGGACCAAGUUCGACACGCUCUGGCAG